GAGAAGAGCGCGGCCCCUUUAAGGUGCAGCAGAGGCUCUGAAAAUCUCCUGGAAGUUCAGGAGAAAAAUGCUGCGUUCAGUCCUACGUGGACUUCCAACACACACACACACACACACACACACACAGUGUAAUAUCCUCCAGAACACACACACUCUCUCUCUCACACACACACACACACACACACACACACAGUGCCUCUCAGACGGAUGACACUCCUCAAUCCGCUGAAACUUCCGCACCUUUGGAUCUGUGUGUGAUUGUUUUGUUGCUAUAAGGCAGAAAAUCAGUGCAGAAUCGUAGUAUUUUUUCUUCUUCCGGACGCCAACAUGCCGCGGCGGACUGUCCAGGAUGUCACAGUUCAGGAUGUCCAAAAGAGAAGAAGUCCCAGCAAACAUUAUGUUUACAUCAUCAAGGUGUCGUGGUCUGACAGCAGCACCGAGAUCAUCUUCAGGCGUUACAGCAAAUUCUUCGACCUGCAGAUGGAGCUUCUGGAUAAGUUCCCUGUGGAAGGAGGACAGAAGGAUCCAAAACGCAGAAUUAUCCCCUUUCUGCCAGGAAAGAUUCUGUUCAGGAGGAGUCACAUCAGAGACGUGGCCAUGAAACGCCUGAGACCCAUAAACGAGUACUGCAGGGCUCUGAUCCAGCUGCCCGUGUACAUUUCUCAGUGUGAAGAGGUGCGUGUUUUCUUCGAGACUCGACCCGAAGACCUGAACCCCCCCAUCGAUGAGCCCAUCGGGAAGAAGAAAUCGGGCAUUGUGGAGAGAGCGACUUCUUUCCUAAAGCGAGCAGGAGACUCGAGCGCCGCCGACCCGCUGCUCCUGGAUCAGUACGUCGCCGUCACCGACUACGAGAAGCAGGAGAGCUCCGAGAUCAGCCUCCGAGUCGGCCAGGUGGUGGAGGUCAUCGAGAAGAACGAGUCAGGUUGGUGGUUUGUGAGUUCGGAGGAUGCUCAGGGUUGGGUUCCUGCCACCUGCCUGGAGGCUCAGGACGAUCCUGAUGAUUUCACUCUGCCUGCAGAAGAAGAAGAGAAGUACGUGGUGAUUUAUCCGUAUUCGGCUCGCGAUCAGGAUGAAAUCGAUCUGGAGAAGGGAAUGACGGUGGAGGUGAUGGAGAAAAAUCUGGAAGGCUGGUGGAAGAUCAGGUAUCAGGGGAAAGAAGGCUGGGCUCCGGCAUCGUAUCUGAAGAAAUCUGACGUUUCGAGCCAAAAAAUGUCGUCGCACUCGAGCGCUAACGAUUUAGACGGCGCGUGUAAACAACAAAGCAGCAGCAAGGAGAAUAAAGAGAACCAGAGAGAGAGAUUCAGUCCCUUUAACGACAACAAGAAAAAAGCAGAUGUGCGUCAGAGACCGCCACCACGCCGAGAUCUUUCAAUACCCCGUGGGACGAACCUGCCGAAGCCGCCGGUGCCCCCGCAGGUGGAGGAGGAGUACUACACCAUCGCCGACUUUCAGACCACCAUCCCCGAUGGCAUCAGCUUCCAGGCCGGAGUUAAAGUCGAGGUCAUUGAGAAGAACUCGAGUGGCUGGUGGUACAUUCAGAUCGAUGAUAAAGAAGGUUGGGCUCCUGUCACCUUCUUGGAUAAAUACAAGAAGACCAGCAGCGCUUCCAGGCCCAAUUUUUUAGCCCCUCUGCCUGGAGAAAUGUCUCAGCUGAAGCUGGAGGACGCUUCCGUUAGCGAUCCCGGUGCAGAAGAUAACUGGUCCAAACCUCUCCCGGACGAGCCGUCUUCCACUGCCGACUUCGCCACUCGUCCCAAACUGAGAGACUGGAAGUCCAACGCGGCGAAGAACAACUCGCCUUUCUCCAGUCCGCUGCCUCCGGCUCCUUCUUUGCCUCCCGCUGAGGAAAAACCAGCCCUUCCACCCAGGAGAGAGUCCAUCAACAAGAGCCUGGAGUUAGAGGAGAAGCUUAAAUCUGACGUUUCCAAACCGCUUCCUCCCAAACCUCCGACUCCUGGUGUCAUCGUGCCCCUGGUUUCUCCCAAACCGGCUCCGUUCAAAUCCGAAAAGCCUCCGGAACCAAAGAAGGACGAGAAGAACAAGCCCCUGCACUUGAGGAACGAGAUGGGGUUGGAAUGCGGCCACAAGGUUUCCGCCAAGGAAGUGAAGAAGUUCAACUUGAAGCCGGUGCCCAAGCAGCCGCCGAAGCCCAAAUCCGAAAGCCAAGAGGAGAAAGCGGAAUCCGUCAGUCCCUCGCCUUUCCUGAAACCGAAACCGGUGGUUAGACCGAAACCUCCGCCAGCCGCUAAACCGGAACCGCCGAGCAAGAGCGAGCUCGAUAUCACAAACCUGAGGAGCAAGUUACGUCCGUCUAAACUUCCCGACGCCGACGCCAGCCAGCAGAACGGCACUUCCUCUAACAACGGCGAAACAAAAUGUCCGCCCAAACAGCAAAACGGCCACGAUUCUGUAGAAAUCCCUAAACCGCAAACGCCUGGUCCUAGAGAACCGCCUCAGAGGCCCAGUUCUGCUCCGAGACGACCUCCACCACCCAAGAAAACUUCUGAGCCAGAAACCAAACCAAGUCCCACAGAGAUCAAAGCUCCUCUGAAGGACGUUCAGGAGAACAAGCCUGCUUACGCUUCUCAAACCCGACCGCCGCCUCCGAAACCGAAAGCCGCCGCACCUCCGGCUUCCAAAGACAAAGAGAAGGACGAAUCUCCAAAGGGGAAAGUUCCGGUGCCUCCGAAACCGCUCGUGAAAGCCGAUAAACCGCAACCGCCGAGAGACAAACUUCCUCCUCUGAUCAAAGAUCCGGCUAAGGAAGAGCUUUUCUUAGCCGUAGCGGACUUUGAAGGAGACGAUCAAACUCCAGGGUUUAAAGAAGGCGCCGUCUUCGAGGUGGUCGAGAGGAACAGCACGGGUUGGUGGUUUUGCAAAAAUAUAAGUGAUGGUUCGAUGUCUGAGGGCUGGAUCCCUUCCAAUUACUUAACCAAGAAACACUAGGUACCUUUCAGAUAGCUCCCUUUUUUUUUUCUUUUCCUUUUUUUCCCCCCAUAUCUAUUUAAUUAGUCCGUGUUAUUUAUGGGUUCCUUUACGAUCGAAGUCUCGUUACAUUCCAUUCUUUUGCGACUUCGAACAUCGUUCGUUUGCGUCGUGUUUUUACUGUCCCUUUUUUCAGGGACGUUGGGUGGAAUUUAUUUUUUUUGGUGAUGAGACACUUCUUUGGGAGAAAGUAACAAGCGUGUCACACUGCUAAACCCGCAUUAUUUUUUUUUUUCUAUGCAUGCUAACCAAACUCGUACUAUUUUUAUAUUUAUAUUUAUCUUUAACGCUAUAACAGACUAGCAAUAUACGUAUAAAUGACUUGUUGCAGCCUAUCUAUCUAUCUAUCUAUCGUGCCUCGAUAUUAUAAUGAUAUUAUUAUUAUUAUUAUUAUUAACAAUAUUAAAAGCCAAGUUCUCCGAGCUUCUAUACGUUAGCAAAAACGUCUCUGUGAAAGGCGAGUAUAGUGUAGUGAUCGUACAGAAACGUGGAUUAUAAACCUACUCAGCCAUUAAAGUUCGUUUUUCGCAGGGAGAAAUUAGCCUUGUGCUUCCGUGUGCUACUAUGACAACGCAGAAAACCUUUAUAACAGUGUUUGAAAGCCUAAACAGCGUUUUUAUACUUUUUUUUUUUGCGUAUUUACCCAUUUUCAAGCCACGUCCAGGUGAUUUUGCUGCAAUGCUUCAACUUGCACUUUUUAACAGGGAUGCAUCGAUAACGAUAACGAUAACGGAGGAGUUCAACGCUAACGGGGAACGAAAAAGAACCGACAUAAACACAGAGAAAUAAACUGUUCCCUAAAGUCCCAGAUGGAGUAAUUACUCAUUUCAAUAUCGGUAUCAGCGAGUACCGAUAAACACGUAUUCGCACGCUGUAGAGAAGGAAAAAAAAGGUAGCGAUGCAUCCCUAAUUUUUUAACUUUAAGAGGUGAAGUUCACAGAUUUCAUUACUGUGGCACUGAGAACAGAACGACGUGAAACAGAAAAAUAAAGGAAAAAAAACAGUUUCUUGGUCCAAUCAUGAGCCGUUUUUUGUUUUUUUUUUUUCCUGAAAGAACAAAAAAAAAAAAAGUCUAAAAGAAAGAUUUUGAUGAAAUGUCAUCAGUUCUGUUCAGCAGUGUUGCAAUACUGACAAUGGUGCUUACAUUCAGUAUUUUAUGAUCAUUUUUAGUGUUUAACGUGUUUAACGUGUUUAACGUGUUUAACGUGCGCAUGCUUGACUGGUUUCAAGUAUACUUUUUAGUGAGUAACACUACAUUUGUUUUUAUUUUUUAAUUUUCUUUUUGUAGAUGUUGUUACGUUGCUUUAAAGUGUUGACUUUAUUGUGCUUGGGUUGCGUUUAUCACACGAGAAGGGCGGCGUUUAAAAAAAGUCAGACGAUGCUCAGAGUCACGCCUUCACAAAAUUCACAGGAUAAAAUAAUAGUAUUAACGGUUUCUAAUUUUUUUUUGUGUUUGUUUUAACACUAAUAUUAUAGAGGAACGAUCUCGUAGGAGCGCGAGACGUUUCAUGAAGGGCAGUUUUACAAGAUGGUAUUUUCCAGACUAUAAGACUGACUUUUAUUGUGUACAUUUUAAUUGUUGUUCAUUUUUUAAAUAAUUUUGUACAACAACAGAAACAUGAAAAUUGUGGCGGAAAUCUCCAAACCGCAACCAGACGUAAGUGAGCGUGAGUAAAACGUUUUAACGGCAGUCGCCACUUUAACGAAAAAUAGUAAUACGUUAAUGUGAGUUGCCAGUUUAUCAGGAACACCCCUCUAAAUGUACACGAAUGGUACAUUCCAACAGCAUUCAGUCAAGAAGACUGACGUUUCAGGCAUCUCUUAGUGAAACUUUAAAUAAAAAAAAUUAAAAAAUUUAGAGAUGAGACGAUUGAAACAACCGAACGUAGUGACGUGUUCAUUAGAUUUGGAUUUCUCAUGUGGAUUGAAUAAUAAAAAAUUUUAAAAAUUAUGCAAAAAGCAACAACCUCGCAGUGCAAAAAAAAAAAAUAUAAUAAUAAUAAUUGUGCUAUUGUGAAAAUUAAAAGAAAAAAAAAAAAAAAGACCAUGAAACAGGUCAGGAAUCUCUAAUGAUCUAUCGAUUUCAUUUCUGCAGCUUGAUUUGAUUUUUUUGUUCUCACUGCUUUGAAAAAACAAAACUUUAAUUAAAAAAAAAAAAAUUUUUAAAACUAAUGUACUUUCAUUACACGGAAAAAAAAAAAAAAAGUGCCAGAAAAGGUUUGCUAUAGAGCGAUGCCAUAGAAGAACUUUUUGGUUUCUUUCAAAAAUUUUUAUGAUUCUUUAAAAAUUUCUUUUGUUUUCACCACAAAAAAAAAAAAAAAUUCUACUUUUUUUUCUUCUCUGUUGCACGAACAUAAAACGCUAAAUAAGAGUUUCUUUAGAAAUCCGAUAAAAAUAAUUCUUAAAUGGCAGAAUCUUUUCCAGCACUUUUAUUUUUAAGCGUGUGAGAAAGUCUACUGAUUAAUAUCCAAAUAUAUUUUAAUACGUAAAUAGAUUUCAAAUUUGACGCGAAAUAAAUCAGAAUUAAACAGCCCUGGAUUUUCAGCGUUUGUUUUGCUACUGUUAGCAUUUUCAAUUUAAAAAAAAAAAAAAAUUGACUUAUGUAAGAAGCUUGUGUGAAGUUUUGUUUGCAUUUAAGAAUUAAUUAUUUUUCGAGUCCCGUGUCAGAACCAAGCGAAAGCAUCUAAACGGAAUAUCCGUCACGCUGAACAUCUGGAAAUGGCUAUGCACGUUAUUAGACAGAUGUAGCUAAUAAACUGGCAACGCGGCGACGCGUAAGAAGACGGAAUUUCGUAAGGAGUCGUGUUUUAUAGUCCGGGAAAAAAACAGCGAACGGAAGAGAGCUUUAACUGGGUGGAAAUAUUGCAAGUGAGCGAGUUUUGAAAGAAAAAGGAAAACUUUCACAAGGUGAUGAAAAUCUGGGCGAUUCUGCAGAAUGCACAUUUCUGUAACGUGUACGCUACGUUUAUUUUUUUUUUCUUUCACGUCACGUGCAAUUUCUUUUGUUUCUAAUAAAAUCUAAAUAAACAUUUCAAAUCAAA